AUGAAACCACGGACGCCUAACGCUCCGGCAGCAGUAGUACUGCUCAACGCGAGCCACGCCAACAACAACACCAACAACACGGCCGACGUCGACGGGUUACCAAUGUACGAGUCCGUCUGCGUCGCCUUCGUGCUGUCGCUGCUCAUCGUCGUCACGGUCGCCGGUAACGUGCUCGUCAUGCUGUCCGUGUUCACGUACAAGCCGCUGCGGCAGGUGCAGAACUUCUUCAUCGUGUCGUUGGCGUUCGCCGACACGUUCGUCGCGCUUCUCGUUAUGCCCUUCAGCGUCGUCAACUUCAUCGCCGGCUACUGGGUGUUCGGCGAGGGCUUCUGCUACGUGUGGCUGACGUGCGACGUGCUCUGCUGCACGGCGUCGAUCCUUAAUCUGUGCGCGAUCGCAAUGGAUCGCUACUACGCGAUACACGACCCGAUCAACUACGCGCAGAAGCGCACGAAGCGACGCGUGCUCACCAUCAUAUUUCUCGUCUGGCUCAUCAGCUCUCUCAUCUCGAUCCCGCCGCUCAUCGGCUGGAACGACUGGACGGAGGACGUCGAUCCGGAUCGGCCGAAGAUCUGUCGGCUGACGGAGGAGCGCGGUUACAUCAUCUACUCGUCGUCCGGGUCCUUCUACAUACCGCUCGUCAUCAUGGCGACCGUCUACUUCAAGAUCUUUCUCGCCACCAGGCGGCGCCUUCGCGAGCGCGCCAAGGCGACGAAGCACAUCAUGGAAGCGUCGUCGACGGUGCGAGCGACGCGCGCCGACUUACAGAGCGACACGGUCCUCGGCGACGACACUUCCGCCGCCGUCGCCAUGUACGAGAUGUCGCGCGCGUCGCUGCCGAGCGACGGACAGCAGCGCGAGGUGAACGACAACCACGGCGUCUUCAAGGGUCAGAACACGCUGACGGUCGGUGGCGGUAAGAGCUCGCGUCGCGGCAGCAGCGCUAAGGAACCUCUGGAGCGACGCUGUUCGCGUCAGGUGCGCUCGUUCCUCGAGGGAAAACAAAAAAUCUCGCUGUCGAAGGAGCGCAGAGCAGCGAAGACGCUGGGAAUCAUCAUGGGUGUGUUCGUUCUCUGCUGGCUGCCGUUCUUCCUCAUGUACGUCAUACUGCCGUUCUGCGCGCGCUGCCGAGCCAGCGAGCGUCUACAGAACUUCAUCACCUGGCUCGGCUACGUCAACUCUUGCCUUAACCCGCUCAUCUAUACGAUCUUCAACAUCGACUUCCGACGAGCCUUCCAGAAGAUCCUCAGCGUCAAGUAA